AUGUCGUCGACAGCGGCCACGGAGCCCAGCCUAGCGUCCAAUUCAGCGGCAAAGAAGAAGAACAACAAGAAAAAGAAGAAUGCGAACAAGAGCAAGGAGCCGGCGCAGACGAGCAACGGCGAUGCCAGAAUCGACAAGGACGAGCUAGACGACGAGCCAGACACUCCCACGACCGCCGAAAUCCCAAGUACGAGUAAUGUCGACAACACCGAAGAGCCAAAGAGCGAGACCAACGGACACCCAGUAGCGCCGUCGAACCACGAUCUUCCUGAGCCGCAUGCGCCUGCGCAGCAACCCGACGGCGAAUCCGACACAUCGGCCAAGCUAGAAGCCAUGAGUAAAGAGCGAGAGGCCCUCCGAGCGGAACUAGAAGACAGCAAUGCCGCAAGAGAGACCGCCGAGGAGCAAUACCAGACACUACUUGGGCGAGUCGAGAAGAUUAAGGAGACUCUGAGUGACCGACUUAAGCGAGACAAGGCCGAGCUAGAAGAGGCAAAAGAACACAUAGAAGAGCUUGAGGCGCAAAACGAGGAGCUUCGAAAUGCAGCAGAGUCGUCCAGCGAGAGCUUGGCAAAGGUUCGAGAAGAGCUCCAAGAUGCCACACGAGAGCUUACGACACUCCGAAGUCGCAAUAACUUGUCUGCAAACAAUUGGGGGAAGGAGAGGGAAGAGCUCAUUAGGUCCAUCCAGCAUCUCAAGGAGGAGAUGGAGACAACCUCCAAUGCCAUGGGCGAAUGGGAGGUCAUUGCCAUGGAGGAGCGUUCUAUCAAAGAGAACCUUGGAGACAAAGUUGCCGAGCUGGAGGAAGAAGUUGUCGGGUUAAGAGAAGGAUACGAGGCGGCUGCCGCCGAGCGCGAUAGCCAGGCGACACUAAUCGACAACCUUCAAAAUGCGCUACGAGAGAUCCAAGAUGCCCGAAAGAAGGAGCUUCGCGACUUAGUUGAGACCAGUGAAGCCCAGCUCCAAGAGCAGAAGAAAUUGGUACAGGAAGCUGUCGCGAAAGCUACAGAAGCACAAGAAGCCAAGGCCGAGCUCGUCAAGGAACUCGAGCGCACCGUUCCCUUUGAGAAGGAGGUCAAAGAGAAGAAUCUUCUCAUCGGAAAGUUGCGACACGAGGCUAUCGUGCUAAAUGACCACCUCACCAAAGCCCUGAGAUAUCUCAAAAAGACAAAACCAGAAGACAACGUUGACAGACAAGUCGUCACAAAUCAUUUACUCCAUUUCCUCACACUAGACCGAGGCGACGCCAAGCGCUUCCAAGUUUUGCAAGUCAUGGCCGGCUACCUGAACUGGACUGACGAACAACGCGAACAAGCUGGACUUCGCACUCCUAGCUCACCAUCACUAAGUGCCGAUAUAUUCUCCGAGCCUUCAUCUGCAAGAGACCGGGAGUCCCUAGCGGAGCUCUGGGCUGGCUUUCUGGAACGUAGUGCACAAGAGGGAACCAGCGAUGGCCCCUCAAGAAAAGGCAGCACAAGUAGCGUAGCAACUGCAGGUGUGACAAUAGGGCGUCCAGAAUCUAGGUCUUGA